AUGGGCAUUGUCUUUGAGAAGAAGAUUGGUGGCAGUUAUAAAAGUGAGGACUCAUGCCGAAAAGUGGACAGUCGUCGAGUGCCUCUCACGAAGCUGACAUCCCAGAACAUCAAGUUCCUGAAGAGUCUGGGUCUGAAACUUCGCAAAAAAGUGCCAAAAUGCAAAAAUGUUGGUCUUACAACAUUAAUGAAAAACUACAUUUCUCACAGCCCCAGUCAUGGCGCUCUCAUGGAAAACGCAGGCUGGAGAAUUGAUAAAGAGAAGAAGAUAACUGAUGAUGCAGGAUAUUUUGAUGUAUCCAUUCCCCUCAGCAUGAUAUUAGGAUUUGCUGAAGAUUACCAGAGAAUUGUUGUGAAUGCGAAGCAUGAGUUGAUACUGACACGUUCACACAACGAUAUCAAUGCCGUCAUUCAGGGGGCACCUGCAGCUGGACAGCAGGCAGAGAUGUUCAAAAUUUCCCUCACCAAAAUUGAUUGGAUGAUUCCCUACAUCAAACCUGCAGACUCUCAAAAAGUGCAACUUCUCAAUCAGAUUUCAAAGGACAACCUAGUGCCAAUCAGUUUUCGAGCUUGGGAAUUGUAUGAGUAUCCUCUCUUACCUAGGACACCGAAACAUGUGUGGGUCGUGAAAACCUCAACACAACUGGAGAAACGUCGUUAUGUCAUUGUAGGCUUUCAAACAGCCCGUAAGAAUCAACUGUUGAAAAAUGCUAGUGAAUUUGAUCAUUGUAACAUUCGAGAGAUCAAAUUAUUCUUGAAUUCACAAAGCUAUCCCUAUGGAAAUCUGAAUCUUGUCAUUGCACACAACCAGCCUGCUCUGCUCUAUGACAUGUACACCAGCUUCCAAACUUCGUAUUACCAUCAAGAGCCUGUGCCACUAUUCAGCAGAGCAGAAUUCUUGGAAACUGCACCUCUCAUAGUCAUCGAUUGCUCCAAACAGAAUGAGUUCUUGAAAUCUGGACCUGUUGACAUCCGCCUGGAGUUUGAGUCAUCAGCGGACUUCCCCGACACUACAGCAGCCUACUGUUUAAUCUUACACGAUCGAAUCGUUGAGUAUAGNUUCCCCGACACUACAGCAGCCUACUGUUUAAUCUUACACGAUCGAAUCCUUAAGUAUAGUUUACUCAGCGGUAGUAUGACGAAACUAAUUUAA